AUGGCCGGAGCCAAGAAAUCUACGAAGAAGUUCGAAAAGAACCAUCUUAAGGAUGUCAUCGAACGCCGCAAGUCCCACGCCAAGGUGAAGCAAAGACACCAAUUGAACGACAAGCGCAAAGAAAAAAAUGCUACAAAACGCGCCGAAGCCGAGGAGGCCAAUGAGAUCAGCCCCGAAGAAGCGAAGAAGCAGAAUGCUUUCGCCGAAAUGAAUGUCGACGAUUUCUUCGCUGGUGGCUUCGAAAUCCCCGAGGAAAAGGGCAAGAAGUCCAAGAAGGAUGUCACCCCCAAGAUCGGCAAGCGCAAGCGCUCAGAAGACAAGGCGCAGGCCGAGGAGGCUCCCGAGGAGGACGAUAAUGAAGAUGAUGCAAGCAGUGUCGACGGAUACGACGAACACAAGGAGCAGCUGGAGUCAUUGAAAGAAAAGGACCCCGAGUUCUACAAAUACCUGAAGGAGAACGAUGCCGAACUACUCGACUUCGGCGAUCAAGGCGAUCUGUCAGAAGUCGAUGCCUUGAGUGAAAGUGAUGAGCCCGAAGACGAGGAACCCGCGAAGAAGAAGAAGAAGUCAAAGAAGGACGAGGAGGCCGAGCCUGAGAGCACCACCCUCACCAUCCAGACCGUUAAGAAGUGGCAUCAGUUAAUGGAGGAGCAGAACUCGAUUCGCGCUAUGCGUCAAGUUGUGCUCGCCUUCCGUGCUGCUGCCCACGUGAACGAUGCCGAUGCCCCAGAGCAAAAGUACACCAUCUCCGACAAGAACGUUUACCACCAGGUGCUUGUCACGGCCCUCAACACCGUUCCCAAGGUCCUGGCUCAUCACCUUCCCGUCAAAGAGACCGCUGGAGGAAAGAUCCGUGUGUCCCUGGACUCGAAAAAGUUCAAGACCCUUACGCCUCUGAUCAAGUCUCACACCUCCUCGGUCCACCAGCUUCUGGUCAACCUGUCUGAUGCAUCCACACUCAAGCUGACCCUCUCGUCGAUUGAGCCCAUGCUGCCAUACCUUCUUCAAUUCCGCAAGGUGCUGAAGACACUCGUUAAGACCGUUGUCGGUAUCUGGGCUGAUGUCUCCACCAACGACGCAACCCGCAUUACUGGUUUCCUACUUUUGCGCCGUCUUAUGGUUCUUGGAGAUGCUGGUAUCCGUGAGAGCGUGCUCAAGGCCACCUACGAGGGUGUUGUGAAGGGCAGCCGUAACACGACUGUGCACACACUUGCAGGCGUGAACUUGAUGAAGAACUCCGCCGCCGAGAUCUGGGGUAUUGACCAGAACGUCUCAUACACCACCGGAUUCUCCUUCAUCCGUCAGCUGGCCAUGCACUUGCGUUCCAGCAUCACCAACACCUCCAAGGAGUCCUACAAGACCAUUUACAACUGGCAAUACGUGCACUCGCUGGACUUCUGGUCCCGUGUGCUCUCCCAACACUGUGAUGGUCUCGUCGAGGCCCAAUCCGGCAAGCUGUCCGCUCUGCGUCCUCUCAUCUACCCCGUUGUGCAGAUCACCCUCGGUGCCAUGCGCCUCAUUCCUACCGCUCAGUACUUCCCCCUGCGCUUCCAGCUGACCCGCGCCCUGCUUCGUAUCUCCCGUGCCACCGGCACCUACAUCCCGCUCGCAUCCUCACUCCUGGAGGUCCUGACCUCAGCCGAGAUGCGCAAGCACCCCAGAUCCAGCACUCUUAAGCCCCUGGACUUCAACACAGCCAUUCGCGCGCCAAAGUCCUACCUUCGCUCGCGCACCUAUCAAGAUGGUGUGGGUGAGCAGGUCGCCGAGCUCCUCUCCGAGUUCUUUGUUCUGUGGUCCAAGCACAUUGCCUUCCCAGAGUUGUCUGUGCCCGUCGUUGUAUCCCUUAAGCGCUGGCUGAAGCAGGUCUCUGCCCGCUCUGGCGGAAACAAGAACGCCAAGAUCAAUCAGAUGAUCCUGCUUAUCGUGCAAAAGGCUGAGGCCAACGCCCGCUGGAUCGAACAGCGCCGUUUGAACGUCUCUUACUCUCCCCGCAACCGCACCGAGGUUGACACUUUCCUGAAGGACGUUGACUGGGAAACUACACCCAUCGGCGCCUUCGUCAAGAUACAGCGCAAGCUUCGUGAGGAGCGCGCUGCUGUUCUCGAAGAGGGUCGUCGCGAAGAGGAGAAGCGGAGAGAGGAGGCCAAGAAGAACGGUGGCGAUGAUGAGGUGAUGGGUGGUGUUGGCAGCGAUUCCGGCAGCGAAGAUGAGGACGAAGAGGAAUUGGAAAGCGAGGAGGAGCUUGAGAUCGAGGGCGAAGAUGAAAGUGAAGACGAGAUGGAGAUGGAGGACGAGUAG